GACCUGAUCUCCAUGUAUUACGGCUGCUCCACCAACAACCCCCUGCUGGACAGCCAGGGCAGUGUGUGUAUCAACUGCAAACAGCCCUUGAUCUACACGGCAUCGUCAUACGGUCCUACCUCUGUCGCAGUUCUACCUGGACGAGGGUAUUGCUGAUGAGGAGGCUGUGUCUGUCAUUGCCCUGGAGGUCCCUCGCAUUGACAGGAAUGCCGCAGUAGGGGUAUCCAUGACCUUAUGCAGUGUACACCACUAAAAUCAACACAUUUCUCAUGACCACUUUUAGCUAAUGGGAAUAAUCUGUAGGUUAAGGUUGUGUGCUCGUACACGUUUCCAUACAUACACACAUUACAUACAGUAUGUGUACGUGUCAGUGCUGAGGUGUGUGUUCUGAGAAGGUAGUAAUCCAAGUAUUUCUUGGCACUGAUUUAAUUUCUGCCGAGCAGCAUAAGCUGUCAGGCCUAAGUCAUCUUAGCGGUGAGAGUUAAUAGGGUUAGAAUCUUCUCUCUCAGUUUAAUGACACUAACACCUCAGAGACCUCUCUGUCUGGGAUUAACCUGCAUUAGCCUGCCUGCCACAAGGGCACGGUGGCCACGGCUUUUCCUAGAAACCACAUGCUGACUAACUCACUGACUGACCUUUAGUAGUCUACUCUUUCCGUCACUCUUACUGGCUGAGCUCUGAGGAUGAAAUGUUGUGCAUUUCAGUGUCUUUGUUUUUCUUUGGUGUUAAAAUACUCAAAGUGGUGGCAUGGGUCUGUUAAUGGUGUAUGGCUUAAAUGUGUGUAAGAAAGCAGGGAGCAGAAGUAUUGUGCACGUCUACGAGUGAGUCCUUAACGGUGUCAGAAUCCCAGUCCCUGAAGCUGGAUGAUGGCACGGAAGACACAAAGGAGGACAUCUUCAUGGCCAAACUCAGCUUUGAGUUGAGGAGGGAGGGACAGAAAGAGGGAAGGAUAUGGGAAGUAAGGAGAGUGUAGGAGAGAGGGACAGAUGGAAGGGGUAAGGAGUGAGAGGGUGGUUAGAAAGGUGGAAGAGAGGGAGGAGAGAAACUAACAGGAGAGUAUGAAUGGAAAGACUCAGUUUCCCUUUACAGCAGGGUGGGUCUGACUAUGUCCCAGUGGUGGUGAGUCGCUCUGUGCUGAGGUCUAUGAGCAGCAGGGAUGUCCUGCUCAAGCCCUGGCCUAAACCCCUUCAGUGAGAGUACUACCGCUCCUUACUGCCUGCUGUCAGCAUCAAUAUGUGCCGCUCCUGGUUCCAGGUACUAAAUAGAUGGAACACACACACACAGAAUUGCACUUCAUGCCCCCUCACCCCUUUCACACACACACACCCAGGUGCAGAAUAGGGAGGUACAUUUUUUUCUAAUCAUUAAAAUAUUACACAGUACAUGCUCACACACACCGUGGCACUCCAUAGCCCUCUGGCAGAAUCUCAGAAUGAACCCUCUCUAGCUUUUAUUUUUCACUUAUUUUUGUGUUUCGUGUUUUUUACCAAAAGUGUCUUUUACCAAAUGUUGCUAGCGGCAGUGCUAGAUGUUGUGUUGCUAUCUAUGGGAAUCCCUCCUCUGCCUGGUGCUGUGUUCUCUGACCCAUUCAUCCUGUCUUCUCUGCUGUGUUUCCUCUAAUCUAGAUGUUCCACAGUGAAGACUAUAAGCUGCCAGAGCUUCAGUUUAACUGCUCUCUCUACUGCUGACUGCCGAUCGAUGAACCCAACUGACCUCCGAAAACUGCACAAGAAGCUACGGACCCCCUUGAACUACAUCCUGUUGAAUCUGGCAGUGGCUGACCUCUUCAUGGUGGUGGGAGGCUUCACUGUGACUCUGGCAACAGCCCUACAGGGAUACUUCUUCCUGGGGGUCACCGGCUGUAACGUUGAAGGAUUCUUUGCCACUAUGGGAGGGGAGAUCGCCCUUUGGUCUCUGGUGGUAUUGGCCAUCGAGCGCUAUAUCGUGGUGUGUAAACCAAUGACCAACUUCCGCUUCAAUGAGAGGCACGCCAUUGUGGGCGUGGCCUUCACCUGGAUCAUGUCUCUCACCUGUGCUCUACCUCCAUUGUGUGGCUGGUCCAGGUACAUCCCAGAGGGCAUGCAGUGUUCCUGUGGGAUUGACUACUACACCCCGACGCCUGAGCUGGGAAACACCUCCUUUGUCAUCUACAUGUUCACCCUCCACUUCUCCAUCCCACUGGUCAUCAUCGGCUUCUGCUACGGCCGUCUGCUCUGCACCGUCCGCGCGGCGGCAGCCCUGCAGCAGGAGUCAGAGACCACUCAGAGGGCAGAGAAGGAAGUGACCCGUAUGGUGAUCGUCAUGGUCAUCUCGUAUCUGGUGUGCUGGAUGCCCUAUGCCACUGUGGCCUGGUACAUCUUUGCCAAUCAGGGCACCAACUUUGGCCCAGUCAUGAUGACCAUCCCAGCCUUCUUUGCCAAGAGUGCUGCCCUCUACAACCCAAUAAUCUACAUUCUACUCAACAGACAGUUCAGGAACUGCAUGUUGACCAUAGUGUGUUGCGGGAAGAACCCAUUCGGUGAGGAGGAGACCUCCACCGCCUCCUCCAAAACACAGGCCAUCUCCGCCAGCCAGGUGGCUCCUGCCUGACCUACGACCCAUAAAGCCUGACUCCUUACCUGUCCCAGCCCAUCUGUGGACCC